UAGUGUCAUCACACCAAAGCCAGUUUUCCUGUAGUGUUUCAGUCUAGCAGACCACAGUUUUUACCAGCCACCAGUCACAAAGACGAACAGAAGGAUGCUCUGUAUCGCUCUCCUCAUUGCCGUACUGCCCUGUAUGGCCAAAGAUCUUCCCACACCAGUGAUAAAGCUGAACUCCUCUCCGCUGAAUCAAUCUGAGGUGGUCUGGUCAGCUAACAGACCCUUCGUUCUGAGCUGCGAGGGACAAGCGGAUAUCGUAUGGAAGACAAGGCUCAGAAAACACCAGGAACGUGUCUCACAAAAUACCCUCAGCAUCCAAAAGCCCACUACAGACUACACGGGAACGUACCGCUGCAGCUACAAGACUCAAAAAGACCUGUAUUCAGAAAUCUACAUAUACGUUAAAGAUUCUGUCAAAGCCUUUACUACCCCUCAAAGCAAAAUAAUCAUUGAAAAAGAAGGCUUAGACUGCUUGCUGGACUGCUUGGUGACAAACCCAGAAAGCACUGAGCACUCGCUCCAGAUGGCGAAUGGAUCUGCUGUCCCAUCUGAGAUGAAUUACUCUGCGGAUCCCAAACAUGGCAUACUCAUUCGAAAUCUUCAGCCCAGCUACAGCGGUGAUUAUGUUUGUACCGUCAAAAUGAACGGAGUCCAAAAGAAGUCUGACGUCUUCCAGAUAAAUGUCAUGAGAAAAGCACAGCAGCCGCCAGCGGUGUCACUUCCGGCCAAUCGGUAUGUGCGAAUUGUCGGUGAAACGCUGCACAUCCCUUGUCACGUCAAAAACCCAGAUCAUUCAUAUAAAGUCACCUGGAGCUCAUCAAAAAAGGUUCUGAAUUACGAAACCCAGAAGGACCAAGGUUGUGAAGUUUGCAGCAUUAGUAGUUUGACCAUUCAUCAAGUAGACUUAUCCAACGCAGGGAAUUUAACCUGCACCGGCCAAAAUGAAGCAGGAAAAAACAGUGUCACUGCAGUUCUCAAAGUUGUAGAUAAACCUUAUGUAAAGCUUAAACCCAUCCUGCCCUCUGAAUACGAGGUGAAUGGAACAGAUAUUGAGGUCAUGCAAGGGGAUACAGUUAGCCUUGCUGUGCAGACGGAAGCAUAUCCAGAAGUUAAACGGACAAGUUGGAAAACUCCCAAAUCGAAUCACACCCACGAGGAGACAUUUAACAGGAUUAAUAAUAGCGAAAACUACAUGUCUACAAUCGUGCUGAAAAAAGUUGGAGCGCAAGAUUAUGGUGCCUACAUCUUUACUGCCUGCAGUGCCAGAGUCAAUGCCUCAGUUAUUUUUACAGUCCACGUCUACCACAAGCCCAGUGCUUUUAUAAAGUGGGAAAAUGGAGUGGUAACUUGCGUUGCAACCGGUUACCCAGCACCCAGCAUUCAGUGGUUCCAGUGUAAAGAUGCCAGAGCUAUGUGUAGUUAUAACCAAACGUCAGCUGUGGAAUUAACGGCCGCCCGGUCCAUUUUGGGGGACGUCACCGAGUAUGAACCAGUGCUGGUGAAGAGCGUCUUACCCGUGACCAACCCGAACGCUACUUUAACCUUUGAGUGUGUGGCUACAAACGCUGCCGGAGAAGAUCGUGAUAUAUUUACCUUUAAGAUUUCAUAUGUCCCUGGUAGUACAUCCUUAUGGUCAGCUUCGGUGUGGAUCACUGCUGUUCUCAUCGGAGCCUUGUGCCUGGCCAUAUUAGGGAUGCUGAUCCUCUUAUACAAGCACAGAAAGGUACACAAGUAUGAAAUCCAGUGGAAAAUCAUUGAGGCCAAUGAUGGGAACAACUACACGUUCAUUGACCCCUCUCAGCUUCCAUACGACAAAAAGCUGGAGUUUCCUCGAAAUAAGCUGAAGCUUGGACAAGUUUUAGGAGCGGGAGCAUUUGGGAAGGUGGUGCAGGCGACCGCUUAUGGGCUUAUCAAAGACGAAAGUGUCACACGAGUGGCAGUAAAAAUGCUCAAGCCUAGCGCUCGCUUCGAAGAGAAAGAAGCACUCAUGUCUGAACUAAAGAUCUUGAAUUGUAUUGGACCACAUGAAAACAUAGUCAAUCUGCUGGGGGCAUGUACUCAGGGAGGACCGAUGCUGAUGAUCACAGAGUACUGUUGUCACGGUGACCUCCUCAACUUCCUGCGCCAACGAGCAGAAACAUUUGUGAACAAUGUCUUUGGAGUUCAGAGUUUCUCGGAGGAUUCAAACCUCUACAAGAAUGUGGUGGUUCAGAAGAACCAUUCCACGGGGGUGACUUACUCUGGCUCAGAGAGCUUCGAGGAUGCACAAUCAGCACAGAUGUCAAAAGACAGCUGUCAAGAAUGUUGUAAUGAAGGAGGGAAGAAUGCAUGGUCAUUGGAUAACAUUGAUUUACUGCAAUUCUCCUAUCAAGUGGCAAAGGGAAUGGACUUCCUGGCUUCCAAAAAUUGCAUUCACAGAGAUUUGGCUGCACGGAAUAUUCUCGUGGCUGACUGCCGUGUUGUCAAGAUCUGUGAUUUUGGCCUUGCACGAGACAUCAUGAACGACUCGAACUACGUAGUAAAGGGGAAUGCACGGCUGCCGGUAAAGUGGAUGUCCCCUGAAAGCAUAUUUGAAUGUCUUUACACGGUACAGAGCGAUGUCUGGUCAUACGGUGUGCUUUUGUGGGAGAUCUUUUCUUUGGGUAUGAGUCCUUAUCCCAACGUUGUGAUUGAUGCACAGUUCUACAAGAUGAUUAAAGACGGUUAUCACAUGCCGCAACCGGAUUUUGCCCCUCAAGAAAUGUACGCGAUAAUGAAAACGUGCUGGAGCCUGGAAGCAACUCUGCGUCCGACUUUUGCCAACAUCAGAGAACUUAUUGCGAAGUUACUGCCACAGCAAUCCAGCCAGAACAACGAAGACACGUAUCCAGAGUUUCAGAGGCGCCCGAUGGAAAAGCAGCGCAACACGGAGCCGGUCUGCAGAGACGAGACCCAGCCUUUAAUGAGGAACAGUUUGACCUAACAUAUGACCCUGAAACAAACUCAUAAAAGGCGUUUCAAUUAGUCAAGUCUGUAUUUAGAUAUUAGAGCUAACAAAAGAUGAGCAGGAUUUCUAUAUAGCCUACUGCUGUGAAUUUUGCCUUGACAGUGACGACUUUGUAAAAUCACGCUACAACAUUUUGUAAUUCUUUUGUAGCAGAUCUUAUAGAUCAUCUUUUACUCUACCGACUUGUUAAAACUACGGCAGCUAACACUUUAUCACUUAUCUGUUGGCAAAUAAGUAUAUUCCUUUGUGACGUUUAUUUUUUGUCUGCUUUGUAGAUGCAGCAGCCGUUUCUUUCUUUUUUUUUUACGCAUGUUACUCAUUGUAAUUUAUAUCUGGAACCAGCGAUGCAUACUUUAAUUUGACUGCAGUCUGCAAAUACAUAGCAUAUACUUUAAAUGCAUUUUGAAACACAUCUGAAAAAACUAAUAAAAAACGUGCACCACAA